AUGGCGACUUCAGGCCACAUGUUCGCUCAACACUAUCUCGAUGCCAUGUUUCCUUACCUUGAGCCAGAGCGUCAACGGCUAGGCAAGAAGAACCAAUUAAUGGAGCCCUUCCUCGAUCGCGUCGUCAACGUUGAUGAGGUCACAGUCGCAAGAAGAGAAACCGUUGCCGCGGAAGAACUUGAACAAUUGAAGUCGAAAGGCAUGCUAGAUUUUGGGAAUGGGGAACGAAGGGGCUACGGAUCGAAAGACGGCAGUGUUGUGAUGACCUUUUCUCGGACGCCCACAGGCAGGUUAGUUGCAGAUGAGGCAAAAGGAAAGACUGUCAGACAGUUGAGUCGAUUGUGGCAAUACCAAAAUGGCAGGAUUCCGAAUGAUGAUGUAGUCGAGACGCAAAGGGCUGACGAAAGUCCUUGA